CUUGACUGAGAAUUUGGUCGGGGGCCACGAUGGCAUUAUCUUCCUAUUCUCAAUAUUUUCUCUCUCUUCUCCCUCUUUUGUUAACUUUCGUGAGCUUCGCAAAAGGGAAUUUAAGUAGUGGGUCUGGGUAUGAUGAACUGAGCUCUGAGAUCUUGGCUCAACAACAAACUGACGAAGUGGUUAGACUUCCCGGCCAGAUUCCGGUGAAGUUCAAGCAAUAUGCCGGAUAUAUUACAGUCAAUGAAACCCAUGGUCGAGCACUUUUCUAUUGGUUCUUCGAAGCAACUGACAAUCCCCAUGAAAAGCCUGUACUCUUGUGGCUCAAUGGAGGUCCAGGAUGUUCGUCCAUUGGUGGAGAAACUCUAGAACUGGGGCCUUUUUUCCCUCAGAAAGCUGGCACCAAACCAUUGUUACGUCUAAACCCCUAUUCAUGGAACAAAGUUGCCAAUUUAUUGUUUGUGGAAUCUCCCUUCGGAGUCGGCUUUUCCUACACUAAUACCAGCACUGAUUUUGCUGAACUUGGUGACACAAGGACGGCUAAGGAUUCAUACACGUUUCUAGUCAACUGGUUUCGACGAUUUCCACAAUUCAAAUCACACGAGUUUUACAUUGCAGGAGAAAGCUAUGCAGGGCAUUAUGUUCCACAACUUUCUGAGGCCAUUCUCGAUAAUAAUAAGAAUGCAUCCAAAGAUACUUUUAUAAACCUUAAAGGGUUCAUGAUUGGGAACGCAGCAUUGGACGCUGAAGCAGAUAAUGAGGGAGCCGUUGAUUAUGCAUGGAGUCAUGCAGUGAUAUCGGAUCGAUUGUACCAUGAUAUAAAAAGCAAAUGCAAUUUCAAAAUUCAAUCGGACGGCUGCGAUGCGGCCUUCUCUGAGUUAUAUGCUGAAUAUGACGGCAUUGACAUAUACAGCAUCUACACUCCUAUAUGCGUCAAUGGAUCAAUUGCUCAACAUUAUAUUUCCGGAAUUGAUGGUUGGCACAGAAAACUACUUAGUUACGACCCUUGUUCGUCAACCUACAUUGAAACGUAUCUGAAUAGGGCAGAUGUUCAGGAAGCAUUGCAUGCCAAUGUCACCGGAAUCCCUUAUCCAUGGACUCGUUGCAGCAAGGAGAUCAAGAGUUGGAAUGAUGCGGCAGAAUCAGUGCUACCCACAAUUAAAAAGCUUAUUGCUAGUGGUGAUCUGCGCAUAUGGAUUUACAGUGGAGAUUCAGAUGGCAUACUUCCAGUAACCUCAACAAGGUAUGCCUUGAGAAAGCUUGGACUAAAGGUUAUUGAAGAUUGGAUUCCUUGGUACAGCGACAACCAACAGGUUGCCGGGAGGACAACUAUCUAUGAGAAGGGGCUUAUCUUUGUGACGGUGAGAGGUGCUGGUCACAAGGUUCCUAUGCUUGCACCCAAGAGGUCUCUCCACAUGGUUGAACACUUCUUAGCCAAUAAGAAACUGCAAUCUGAUUCACCAUUUUAAUGUUCCUCAUUGUGUGCGCGCUUGGUUUUUUCUUUUUCCUUUUGAAAUGAAAAAUAUCAACAAGGGAUGGCUCUUAGCUAGCUAGCUAGAGUACUAGAAUCUUACGAUUUUAAUGAUUUCGUAGUACUUCAUGUAAUCCCUUAAUAAUGAAUAAAUAUAGUAUGCUUUUGAUGCA